AUGCUGAGGACCGUCGUAGGUCAAGCAAGAUUUCCGCGGAACGCGAAGCCCUUUAUCACACUUCCCAACUUUUCUCCCUUUGGUGGCGCACCCUCGGGGCAGAACAACAAUGAAGGCCAAAAGUAUCACGAACGCAAGAUGUUCCCGUAUAAGCCUAAGGAGCUAUACGAUGUCAUAGCAAACGUCUCGUCCUAUCCCCAGUUUGUCCCCUAUUGCACAAACUCUAGGAUUUUGCAACAGUACAAACAGAAUGGUGAGACCCAUAUGGACGCCGAGCUUAGCGUCGGUUUUCUGGCUUUCCAGGAGAGCUAUGUUAGCAAGGUCAUAUGUAAACCUUACGAGUCUGUAGAGGUGUUUCAGGCGACUGCAGCAUCUACCAUGCUGUUCAACGAGCUGAAGACUAUCUGGAGGAUCCAACCUACAUCGACACGCUCGCCAGGCGAAAUGAAUAACACGCCAGAUCAUCCGACCGGAGUGGUGGAUAAUGAAGGUGGUCCUACCCUUGUGACCUUAGACCUCACGUUCGCGUUCGCAAACCCCGUGUAUGCCUUGGCUUCUUCGACCUUCUUCAAGCAAGUUUCGCAGCAAAUGGUCAAAGCUUUCGAAGAUCGCUGUAUUCACGUGUACGGACGACGUAGCCUAUAG